AUGAACUUACUUCUUUGGCCUAUAUCACUUUACAAUACACCAAAUAUAAACCUAUUUCUGAACGUUAAACCUCGAGUAAACAGCUUAAAACCAACGUGUUUAUUUCCCGCUAUUUUUCUGUCACGUGACUUUGUCUGUUCAAUGACGUAGUUAUUUAUCUAUUUUUAAAUUAGCGAAACAAUAUCAAUACGGAAAAAAUGUUUUAUAUUUGUUUUAUAAUAUAGCACAAAGAAAUUUAAGAAAGAAAUUUUCCGACGUUUCCGUGUUGACAUUGAGUUAUAUCAACACGGCUCUUAGCCAAUCAGCGUUCAGAAUUUACAAAUGCUAUUAUUAUAAAAUACUUCAUUAUAUAGUAGAGAGGAAAAUACUGAAAAAUACACAGCGACAUAUAUUUUCCAUAUCUUCACUAGGCCAGGAUAUCGAUCACGUGACUUUUAGUAUUUAUACCAUUUUUUGCUUGGGACUAUAUAAUAAACAGAACAUUACACGGUGGCUUGAAAAUAUGACUUUUAUCUUCUCGUGUUAAAAACAAUGUUUUACUCACUCGCUGCGCUCGUUCGUAAAAAAUUGUUUUCACCACUCGAAGAUAAAAGUCAUAUCUUCGCGCCGCCGUGUAAUAUCCUCUAUGUAUAUAGAAAGAAGACAUUUUAAUUUUGCAGUGAACAUCAAUUAUUUGACAACACAUUCGCAGUUCUUUCAGUGCUAUAUUACACUUUUGACUUUUGUUAUUAUCUGAUUUGUAGGAGGUACAGCACCGAACGUAGACGAAGAGUUGCGGUGUGACAAAAAGUGUUUGAAGAUCGCCAACAUUGACCCUGAUAUCCUCAUCAGAGUUUGCAACCUGCUUAACAUUGAACAGGUAUUGGGUCGGGAUUGGCGAACCUUGGCUGGGCGACUCGGCUAUGACGUAACGGACGUUAAGGUACGAACUGUAGCAAUAUUUUAAAAUUUUAAUACAUACAGCCAAAAAAAUGACAUAACCCAUGAAGUGGAUAAGGAGCUGCCAGCCUGAAAUUUAUCUAAAAUUCAGGGCGUUUUGGCCUACAGUACCGUAAACCUCCGAUUAUAAGCCCCCCGAAUAUAAGCCCCCCCCCGAAUAUAUAAACCCAGUAGCCCACUACGUUACUCAACAUUGACAUUGUCUUUUAAUAUAGCAGAGAACUGUUUUUGAACAGAUCGAUGACAAUAUUUAAAAACAUUGCCAUUGUCUUUAUAGCCCACUAUGUGAAUCAAAACGCGUUAUAUUAAUACAUGUUUAUUUUCCUGUUUAUGACCGACUUGUUUAUGUCUGACUUGUUUAUUACUAACACAAAAAAUCGUCCAUGUAUAAGCCCCCCGUAUAUAAGCCCACCCUUGUAUAAGCCCAUCAAAAAUCGCUUACGAAAGUAUAUAAACCCAGGGCUUAUAGUCGGAGGUUUACGGUAUUUUGCCGGAGUUUGUUUAACUCGGCGAAAAAACCUGAAUCCUGCAUCGACGAAAAAGUAACCUCGUAUUGAUAUAUUGCGUAGCCGUAGGCUUGCUUCACACAUAGUGUCAUUAUACUAUAGUACGAAAUGUUCAUGCAUGCGGAGCCUCUUUUUUUUGGCCGGGGGUGAAAAAGAAACAUGGAGUUUGCACAGAACUACGUAAUAUAUACAAUCACCACUUCACUUCAUGUACAAGCUAUAUACAGCGUACAUUAAUUAUUUAAUUAAUAGUAUACAUGUACAGUAGCUACUGUAUCAAAAACAUUACAGAAAAUUCAUAUUUCAGCAGUGUUGUUUUACCUUUAUAUAAGAUAUUUAAGUGCAAGGAAAAUCAUGCCGAAAGUAUGCUAAACGAUUGGGACAACCGUGACCAGCAUAAUUAUCUCGAACAUGUUGUGAAGGAACUCCGUGAAAUGAGAAGAGCCGAUGUUGCUGAUUUACUGCAAAAAGAAAUCGAUAAAAAAGGAGACAGUUGCAACUGCGCAGACUGUGGACAUUUAAUGUAG